UCGGAGCUGGAGCAUAUCUCUACUUACAGAGCGCUGCUGGAGACUUUGAGGUUAUGUUGCACUGAGGAAUAUUUUUUAAACCAUUUUUUGUGAGUUUUCUGAAUGUUUUGGGAGAGUUUUAUGUGACAAAACAAUUUAGUUAAUCAAUAUCAUGAGCUUCUCCGGGAUUCUCAGUGCAUUUUCGAGGUUAUCAGUUCAUGCACUGAGGCCGAAUACAAGGAAUAUAUCGACGAACAUCAAUCCACUGUGCUUCAAAGCAACUGAAAUUCUCUAUGGAGAACCUCUCAAGAAGAAAAGGAGGAUCGACCCAGCUGUGGUACGACAGAGAGAAAUGCGUAAGCAAAGAAAAAUAGAAAAAGCGAUUAGAAGGCUUGAGAAACACGCCAGACAAUUAAAGCCCGUCAGCGAGGUCGAACCUGCAUUUAAAUUGGUCGAUGACAUGAAACGGAGAACUCGACCAAAACCGAAACUGUCAGACGAAGUGAUCGAGGACAGAAUUCUUCUGCUGAAGGAAUGGACGAGGUACAAGCAACACGAACAUCUCACGGACAUCCAGAUGAUAGACACAGCCGUUCUGUCCCAGCAGAAGGCACUCGACGAGCUCAGGUCGGAGUCUGAGGAGCUGUACCAGGCGGCGAUCCAACUCGACCUGUCCUUCCUCCCCCACAACGUUCAGGGACCUGUUUCUACCCCUCCUAUCAGGGGGUACAACACACCUGAUGGAGAGUACAUCGACAUCACGAAAAAGUACGACGGGGAGGAUCAGUUUGUCGAGGAACCAGAGAGCUCUUAGAUUUCUGUAUAUAACACUAUUAUCGAUACGAAUUAAAUAUAUGGGAUUAUUUGAUUGAA